GACUGAGCUCCUUGCAUUCUUCGUGGCUUCAUUCAGCAUUGGCCUACACAUACACAGACAGACAGAUAGCUUCACACUUCAAUUCAAAAUGAAGCCCAUCUUCCUCUCCCUCCUCCCCUUCCUUCCUACCCUGCACGCCGCCCCAACCCAGAACCAAAACCUCGCCCGAGCAGACGCAGACCCCCCUCUGCGCGGCUCCCCCGAUCUCCUCGGCUACUCGUCCGACAACAAACUGACCGAGCACACCACCGAAGGCGUCAAGUACAAGCUCGUCCCCGGCCAGAAGGAAGACCCUCUGAUCGGUAGCUACCUUGACUUCGAGGAUGUCGAGAACCCGCAGCCCAUCCGCGGCGACAUGGGCGGGACGGACUCCACGCAGCGACAAGUCGAUUAUGACCGCUCGCACAGCGAUAAAUUCGCGCCGCCCGGAACCGACAAGGGGCAGACGAUCAACGCGCAGUGGCCCAUGGGCCUGAGCCGGAACCGUCUGGGCAAGGACGGCGCCGGAUGGGCCCGUCAGGAGAAUACGCAGGUGAUGCCCGACGCCACGAAGAUGGCCGGCGUGGAUAUGCGGCUGGCGGCGGGCGCGUAUCGUGAGCUGCAUUGGCACGUUGCCAGCGAGUGGUCGCUGGUGCUGAACGGGUCGUGUCGGAUUCAGGCUGUCAAUGAGGACGGACAGACUUUCGUCGACGAUGUCACCGAGGGUGAUGUUUGGUUUUUCCCGCCUGGUGUUCCUCACUCUAUUCAGGCCCUCGACGCAGGUGUCGAGUUCCUGCUCGUCUUCGACGACGGUUCGUUCUCGGAAGAUAACACCUUCCUGGCCUCUGAAGUCUUCAUGCGGAACCCUAAAUCCGUCCUCUCCAAAAACUUCGACCUCCCAAUCUCCUCCUUCAACGACAUCCCCGAAGACGAGCUGUACAUCUUCCCCGGCACGCGCGCCCCCGACAACAUCGAAGAACAAAACGUCACCACCGCCGCAGGCAUCCUGCCGCGCGAGCAAAGCUACUCGUACCAUUUCUCCGAACAGCCGGCGCACGAAGUAUCCGGCGGGUCCGUCAAGAUCGUCGACCCGCAGACGUUCCCGAUUGCCGAGAACUUCGCGGCGGCGCUCGUGACGGUGCAGCCGGGCGGACUGCGCGAGAUCCACUGGCACCCGAGCAGCGACGAGUGGACGUUUUUCAUCCGGGGCAAGGGUCGCGCGACGCUGUUCGAUGCGCCGUCCGUCGCGACGACGUUUGACUACGAGGCCGGCGAUGUGGCGUACUUCCCGCAGUCGAAUAGUCAUUAUAUUGAGAAUACGGGGGAUGAGGAGUUGGUGGUCUUGGAGGUGUUGCAGGCGGAUAAGUUUACUGAUAUCUCGCUGGGUCAGUGGAUUGGGUCUACGCCGAAGCAGAUCGUUGCCGAUACGCUGAAGUUGCCUGAGAGUGCGCUGAGCAAGUUGAAGACGGAGAAGCAGUUUGUGGUUGCGGGUGGCAACGACACGGAGAGUGAGUGAGCUGUUUUGGGUAGCAGGUUUAAUUGAAGGGGCUGGAUUGAAGGGGUGGAGAGUAUACAUCUAUCUAUAAUUUGGUUGAGCUGGGGACGCAUAG